AUGACGCAUAGGGGAGCACGACAAAAUCGGCAACUGGCCCAAGUUUUGCCUGUAGCUGGUUACAACAAUCGGCAACAUGAAGAAGAGUGUACAAAAUUAUUUGAAGCAUGUAAAAAAGGUGAUUUAUCGACGUUAUCUUCAUUACUUAAGCCUGCAACUGUUAAUCAGCCUGAUGUAAACAAUCGUCAUUCAUCGCCAUUACAUUAUGCAGCAGGUUUUGGAAGAGUGGAUUGCGUCCGCGCAUUGCUUGAUGCUGGUGCAAAUAUGAAGCAAACAGAUAAUGGAGGUUUACUUCCAUUACAUAACGCUUCAUCAUUCGGUCAUGUAGAUGUUGUGAAAGUUUUAUUGGAAAAUGGUGCUGAUGCAAAUGUUAGCGACUAUUGGGGAUUUACACCACUUCAUGAAGCAGCUGCAUGGGGAAAAGCCGAUAUUUGUGUUCUCCUCCUUCAGCAUGGUGCCUCGGCACACAGUGAAAAUGCCGAUGGUAAAACACCACAAGAUUUGGCGGAUGGGGAUGCAAAAACUGUUUUCACUGGUGACUACAAAAAAGACGAGUUAUUAGAAGCUGCGAAGAAUGGUGAUGAAGAGAGUUUAUUGUCCUAUUUAACACCAUUUAAUGUUAGCUGUCAUGCCGUUAAUGGACGAAAGUCGACACCGUUACAUUUAGCUUGUGGUUACAAUCGAAUUGGAGUAGUGAAAAUUUUGUUGGAGAAAGGCGCAGAUGUUCAAGCUGUUGAUAUUGGGGGUUUGGUACCUCUUCACAAUGCCUGUUCAUUUGGCCAUCUAGAAGUAGUCGUCUUACUUUUGGAAGCUGGCGCUGAUUCGCAAGCUGAAGAUUUGUGGAAUCUUACACCGCUUCAUGAAGCUGCUAGUAAAGGGCGUUUGGAGGUAGUGAAACUGUUAGCGGCUUGUGGAGCUGAUCCAACUCGGAGAAGUGGAAAUUCAAAAGCACCAAUUGAAUUUAUAUCCGAUGAAAAUGUGAAAAAAGAGAUCAUUCAUGAAUUUUUGGGCUAUAAAAUUUAUGCUUCAGCGCAAAUUGGCGAUGUUCUUAUGUUAAAAAACUUGCUGGCCGAUCGGGAUCCUAAUUACAUACACCCAUGCUCGAAGGAAACACCGUUACAUGCUGUUGCUGGUUCCAUUCAUCGAAGACGAAAAGUAAUAACUGACAUGCUUAUGAAAAAUGGCUGUCAUUCGAAUUUUCGAAACAAAGAUGGAAUGUCAGCCCUACAUGUCGCAGCAAAGAUGUCUGCAUAUGACGUGAUGGAGGUUCUUAUUAAUUGUGGUGUAAAUAUUAGUGAGUUGAAUAGUCGAGGUCAAACAAUACUUCAUAUUGCAGCCGAAAAAGGAGAUUUUGAUUUGUGCAAACGAUUGUUAAAUUAUGGUUUACCAACGGAUCUGCGAGAUAAUGAUCAGAAAACGGCAGCUGAUGUCGCAGGAAACAGUGAAAUUAAAGAUUUUAUUCAACGUUGGAGUCUUGAAAAAACAACAUCAGUGGAAAAGCGGUGUAAAGGAAGCAAGGCAACGAAAUGUGGUAAGCGAAGAGGAGGUUGCAAAUUUUGUGCUGAAACUCGUAAUCGUGGUAGUGGUUCUGGAAGUGUUAUGCCAUCAAGUAGGCUUGAAGUACCGAGUAUGCGUUGCAAUAUGUCGUCGUCGUGUGAGACACGAUCUAGAUCUCCUGAGGAAAUAGAUCUGCUAGAUGCUGCAAGAUGUGGUGAUCUUUGUACUGUAAAACGUAUUAUUGAGAAUUAUGGAUCUGAAAUUAUAAACUGUAAGGAUUUUGAUGGUCGAGAGUCAACUCCUUUGCAUUUUGCUGCUGGGUAUAAUCGAGUGGAAGUACUGAAAUAUUUAUUGGAAAAAGGAGCCAAUAUUGAAGCAAGAGAUACAGGUUGGUUGGUCCCAUUGCACAAUGCAUGCGCAUAUGGGCAUUUGGUUGUUGCUGAACUACUCGUAAAGUAUGGCGCAAAUCUGAAUGCUGUGGACAAAUGGGGAUAUACUCCACUGCACGAAGCAGCUUUAAAAGGAAAAUUUGAAGUUUGCAAACUUCUCCUUUUGAAUGGAGCAGAUUCAAAGCAUAAAGGACGAGAUGGAAAGAUUCCUUUAGAUGUAGUUAAGGAGGAAUUUUUAACAGGAGCGGAAGAUGUACGUGAUUUACUACGAGGUGAUGAAGCAGUUCUUGAAGCAGCUAAAGAAGGUGAUAUAGAAAAAAUUAGAAAAAUUGUUAUUCCCUCAACUAUUAAUUGCCGCGAUGUGCGUGGACGUUUUUCCACUCCGCUGCAUUUGGCAGCUGGUUAUAACAACUUGGAAGUUGCGCGAUUUUUGCUUGAAAAUGGAGCAGAAGUGAAUUUAAAGGAUAAAGGGGGAUUGAUACCACUGCAUAAUGCUAGCAGUUUUGGACAUUUGGAAAUUGCAGGUUUACUGAUUGAUUGUGGUGCCGACGUAAAUCAUCCGGAUAAAUGGGGAUAUACGCCGUUGCAUGAAGCGGCGCUGAAGGGUCGCACUCAGAUUUGUUCUCUUCUUCUCAAUAAUGGUGCUGAUAUUACUCUCAAAAAUAACGAAGGUUCAACCGCUCUGGAUGUAACUGUUGCAGAUGACACGAGAGAAUUAUUGAUGAGUGCCUUACCGAUUGAUCUAAAAAAACUGCCAGUUGUUCGUAUCGUAGAUGAUGCAACUGGUUUGUCUGUGGAUGAUUUGCCGAAUUCAUCUUUCAUGCAAGAUAUCCGAAAUUUAGAAGCUAAUAAUAUGCAGUUAUUGAACACCAGCUGUUUGACUCAGGAAUCAACUUCAAGCAAAGAAAAAUCGCACUGUAAAGAAUGCGAAAAGUUUUCUGUUGAAGAAUAUUUACUUUCAAUUGGUCUCAAUUCACUAAAAAAUUUGUUCAUCAAAGAACAAAUCACAAUGGAUGUUUUGGUGAACAUGACGCAUGAUGAUUUGAAAGCUAUUGGUAUUAGUGCAUUUGGUACUCGAUUUCGGUUACUUAAAAACAUAAAUAAAUUUUUGCGGAGGAGUGAGGGAGCAUUACCAACUUUUGAUGCAAUUGGAUCGGAACCAAACAGACGGAAAAAUAAUGAAAAUCGGGAUUCUUCGAUUAAUAUUGAAAGACCCCUAGCGAUAGAUACAGCGUUAAUACAAAUAGAACGUUCAAAUAAAUUUUUUCGGGAGAUUGAAGAUGGGUUGAAUUCAACCAUUGUACCACACCGCGAUUUAGGAUUGGGUGGUAUUUAUACCAGAUUUGAAGUGGUUGAGAUACAAAAAAUUAUUAAUAAAAAAGUUCAUGACAGAUACGUACGACGUCGUGAGGAUAUAGCUGAAGAAAAUGCUGGUCAGCACAACGAAAAACUUUUAUACCAUGGCUCACCGUUCAUACAUUCUAUCGUACAAAAAGGUUUUGAUGAAAGAUAUUCAUAUAUGGGUGGCAUGUUUGGUGCUGGUAUUUAUUUCGCUGAGCAUUCGAGUAAAAGUAAUCAGUAUGUGUUUGGUAUGGCAGGAAGUGGUUGCAGUCUUCAUCAUGAUCGUUCAUGCUAUUUCUGUGUUCGACACUUAUUAUUAUGUCGCGUUACGUUGGGAAAGUGUUUUAUUCAGAAUUCAUGCAAUAAAAUGGCACACUCACCACCAGGACAUCAUUCUGUUAUGGGUCAACCACGUGCAGGAGGUUUAAAUUAUCCUGAGUAUGUCAUAUAUAGAGGAGAGCAGGCUUAUCCAGAAUAUGUGAUUGUUUACCGAAUAGUUAACGACGAUUCAGAGUACUCUGUGUAA